CGCCUCCUAAACCUAAACCUCAUUGACAAGAAAUCAGCAGCGCAACUAACAACAUACAAUGCAGUAUGCCCGAGGAUAUACGGUCAACCCAAGGCCCAUAAAGAUGGGCUCCCUCUUAGACCGGUUGUACCAAAUAUGACAGCUCCUUCCUACAACUUGUCCAAAUUUGUAGGACAAAUCAUUAACAACUCUAUCACCAGUCAAUACAACAUCAAGGACUCAUACUCUUUCUGUGACUUUAUCAACUCUAUAACCCUUCCACCCGGAUAUGUGCUCGUCUCACUAGACGUUACCGCUCUCUUUACAUCAAUCCCUAAGUCGUUAGUGAUACACGACAUCAUCAUAAGAUGGAAUGAGAUCAAGUCUAACACAAACAUAAAUCUGGACUUAUUUCUAGAAAUUGUAGAGUUUUGCAUCGACUCAAGCUACUUCAAAUACGACAACAAACAUUACCUACAGAUUUUUGGAACAGCGAUGGGAAACCCACUCUCGCCAGCAUUAGCCGACUUGAUUAUGGAAACACUACUAGAUACAGUAACCAGAACUCUCAAUUGCAAACCAGCCUUCAUUAAAAAAUUCGUCGACGACCUACUUCUAGCCAUACCAAUGGAUCAACUAAACCAUGUUCUACAAACAUUCAAUAGUUACAACGAGCACAUCCAGUUCACUUAUGAAACUGAAGUAGAUAAGAAAAUACCCUUUUUGGACUUACUACUAAUUCGAACAGACACCCAAACCAUCAAAAGUGAAUGGUACAUAAAACCCAUUGCUAGUGGCAGAUUCUUGGACUACUACUCGUUCCACCCGCUUCAUCAAAAACUAAAUAUGGCCCAAAACUUCAUUCAAAAAGUCACCCACUUGUCCACCAAUCUACAGGCUAAUGAAAAAUCACAAAUAAUACACCAACAGCUGAGUUUAAACAAUUAUCCAAGAAACCUACGAAACCGACUAAUCAACCGAAUGCACGAACGGAACCACAGCAACAUACUCAUCCCACCAGCAAAUGAAGAAACCCUGCAAUAUACUUACCGAUCUAUAGCAUACAUACCUCACCUGUCGAACAAAAUCGACAAGCACCUGAAAAACGAUUACAAAAACAUACGACUAGCACAUCACAACACGAGAACAGUUAGACACUUAUUCACAAAGCUAAAGGAUCCAGUACCUGACGAUCAACAAAACAACAUAAUAUACAGCAUUCCAUGCGAAUCCUGUCCAGCAUGUUACAUAGGUAUGACGACUAACAAAUUAAAAACUAGGAUCUACGGACAUCAAACACACUACAAUGCACUGGAUAAAUACAAACAACUAGGACUCACCGCCACCGACCCAGAAAUCGUAGCACUUAAGGAAAAAACUGCCUUGUUAGAACACAGCAUCGCCCAGGAUCAUAGAUUCGACCUAAAAAACACAAAAAUUAUAGACAAACACAACAAAAAACAUGCACUACCGUUCAUCGAAGUUUGCCACAUCAUCACCAAUGAAAAUAGUAUCAACAGACGUACAGACACUGAAGGCUUAAACACAAUCUAUGCUGGAAUUAUACAUUCUCUCAAAAACCAAAACAAACGUAGCAUAUACGACAAUAACUGUCAAAAUACGACUAUGACACCACACACUCACACACAUACAUAAAUGAACAUGUCAAAAAUAGUAGACGGAAAAGGAGAGACACAAACCAAAAAAUAUUCGCUCUAACUAGUGCACAGAAAAUCAAGCUUUGUAGAAUUAUAGCGAGCAAGCUUUUUCAUUCUGUUAACAGUGAGUCGCAUAAAUAUUGUUACACAUGAUUCACUAUCGGACGCCAUUACAAAUUACACACUAUAGACAACCAAUGUUGGACAUACAAACAUACACAACAACAAAACGUAUAGUUUCUGUAAGUAUUCAUUCACAGACAAACGGACAUAUUUGUAACGGAAAUACUAAAAAUUACAGAAUCCUUGAAAAAGGUGAAAUACAUUCACCGAAACUGUCGGACAUUGAAACAACAAAUCGUUUUUGCUGUUUUAUUGACUGCUUUGCCGAAACUCGCAUAAUAAGUAUAU